AGUUACUGAUUAAACUCUAGAGAUACUAUGUCCUGGGAAAACCAUUAUAAACUUGGCCUUUGAGAGCUGAUCGCUUAAUGAAAUACAGAACAACUAUCUCUAAAAACCGAAAAUGGGCAAUCGUAAUAGCCAGUCUUACUCCCUGUCAGGAGGCAGUCAACAGUUGCCCAAAGGGGACAGCCAACACUCCGCGACAGCCGUGCAGCCUCUCAGCCGCCUGUCAGGGAGUGGACAGCCCGAGACCCAUCAGCCUGCCAAACAGAGAAGACAUCAGGGUUUUGACGUGGAUGGAGAUGUCAAAAGUCUGAACAAAGCCUGCAAAGGAAUGGGAACCGAUGAAGCGACCAUCAUUGAAAUCUUAUCAAGCAGGACAUCGAAUGAGAGGCAACAAAUAAAGCAAAAGUACAAGGCAACAUACGGCAAGGACCUGGAGGAAGUGCUCAAGAGUGAGCUGAGUGGAAACUUCGAGAAGACAGCCUUGGCCCUUCUGGACCGCCCCAGUGAAUAUGACGCCCGGCAGCUGCACAAGGCAAUGAAGGGUCUGGGCACGGAUGAGGCAGUUCUCAUCGAGGUCCUCUGCACCAGGACCAAUCAGGAAAUCAUCGCCAUUAAAGAGGCCUACCAAAGGUUAUUUGACAGGAGCCUUGAAUCAGAUGUCAAAGAUGAUACAAGUGGAAACCUAAAAAGAAUUCUGGUGUCUCUGCUACAGGCUAAUCGUGAUGAAGGAGAUAAUCUGGACAAAGACCUAGCUGGCCAGGAUGCCAAAGAUCUGUAUGAUGCAGGGGAAGGCCGCUGGGGCACUGACGAACUCGCCUUCAAUGAAGUCCUGGCCAAGAGGAGCUUCAAGCAGUUACGAGCCACCUUUCAAGCCUAUCAAAUCCUCAUCGGCAAAGACAUCGAAGAGGCCAUCGAAGCAGAAACCUCGGGAGAUCUGCAGAAGGCCUACUUAACACUCGUGAGGUGUGCCCGGGACCAGGAGGGCUAUUUUGCGGACCGUCUGUACAAGUCCAUGAAGGGUGCAGGGACCGAUGAGGAGACACUAAUUCACAUCUUUGUGACGAGGGCUGAGGUGGACCUUCAGGGGAUAAAAGCAAAGUUCCAAGAGAAGUAUCAGAAGUCUCUCUGUGACAUGGUUCGCUCGGACACCUCUGGGGACUUCCAGAAACUACUGGUGGCCCUCUUGCACUGAAGCAAGCCAGAGAAGUGGGAGCAGAGAGAGGAAUCAAUCACCUUUGUCAAAAGCCCAUUCCAACCAGAUUGGCACAUGGGACUCCAGCAUGAAAACCCUUCAAGAGGCCUGCUUUAUUUUCUUGGCAGCUUGAGUAGUAUAGCCAGGCCAGGAUGAUUCGGUUAAAAACAGCGGCCUCAAGGUGCUUGGGCAAAUCACCCUUGAAUGCUGGCUUAGCAAGUACCUUGGCUGCCUCUUAACUUUCCUUUGGUGUGGUAACUGAAUGCUUUCUAAGCACAAAUGAAAUCAGCAGUUGAUAAAAAAACGAUCUAUGUGUAAUAAAACAUUUAGAAGACUGUAUUGCACAAGGGUGUGUGUGUCUUGGGUGAAGACUGAAUGGUUAAGGUAUGGAGAAGACAAAAUUAAACAGUUCGUUAAUUUUC